AUUAGAAAGCAAGUUUUCACUUUGGAUACCAAGCAGAUGGUAAAAGAACGUAGAUAUUUGUGAUAUAAUCCGAUUUCCAGCUCUUGUGGAGGGCACGGCAGCCGGAUCAUAGGUGGCAGCACCUUCUUCUGUCUCUGUACCCUUCAGAGAGUCGUCGUAAAGCAACCAUGGCGUUGAGGUUGGCCAGUGGCCUAUCUAAGGUCUUGAAAGGGGCAGUUCACAGUAACGUACAGGCAAGAUGUUUCCACAUAUCGCCCUUAGUAGCUGCUGCUCAGAAAGUGGCCAUGUCUCAUCUAGAUCCUGGCUCAGAGAUGCCCUACGACAAACUCCAAGGAAACCUUAGCGUUGUGAAAAGGAGGUUGGGACGUCCCUUGACACUGUCAGAAAAGGUUUUAUAUUCACAUUUGGAUGAUCCAGAAGGCCAGGAUAUUGAGCGAGGCGUUUCAUAUUUGAAGCUGAGACCAGAUCGUGUUGCUAUGCAGGAUGCUACUGCUCAGAUGGCUAUGCUGCAGUUCAUUAGUUCAGGCCUGCCAAGGGUUGCUGUGCCAUCAACUAUUCACUGUGACCAUCUUAUUCAAGCUCAGCUUGAUGGCCCCAAGGAUUUAAAAAGAGCUAUUGAAAUGAAUAAAGAAGUUUACAACUUCCUUGCCACUGCAGGUUCCAAGUAUGGUGUUGGUUUUUGGAAACCAGGCUCAGGAAUUAUUCAUCAGAUUAUCCUAGAAAACUAUGCCUUCCCUGGUCUUCUGAUGAUUGGUACUGAUUCCCAUACCCCUAAUGGUGGCGGCUUGGGUGGUCUUUGCAUUGGUGUUGGAGGUGCAGAUGCUGUUGAUGUUAUGGCAGACAUCCCAUGGGAGUUGAAGUGCCCCAAGGUAAUUGGUGUGAAGCUUACUGGUAGUCUAAGUGGCUGGACAUCUCCCAAAGAUAUCAUUUUGAAGGUAGCAGGUAUUCUUACUGUGAAGGGAGGUACUGGUGCCAUUGUGGAAUACUUUGGACCUGGCGUAGACUCUAUCUCCUGUACUGGCAUGGCUACCAUUUGUAACAUGGGAGCAGAAAUUGGUGCUACAACAUCUGUAUUCCCUUAUAAUAACCGCAUGAGGGAUUAUUUGGUUGCUACAAACCGUGCAGGGAUUGCAGCAUUAGCAGAUGCAAAUGCAGACAUGCUCACCCCAGAUGAUGCAGCACCAUAUGACCAGUUGAUUGAAUUAAAUCUCUCUGAAUUGGAACCUCAUAUUAAUGGCCCAUUUACACCAGAUUUAGCCCACCCUGUUGAUAAGAUUGGUGACACAGCUCGAGAGAAAGGAUGGCCAUUGGAAGUGAAGGCUGGUCUAAUUGGUUCUUGCACCAAUUCAUCCUAUGAGGAUAUGGGACGUUGUGCCUCCAUUGUGAAGCAAGCUAUGGAACAUGGUCUCAAGGCCAAGUCUCUUUUCCAUAUUACCCCAGGCUCUGAACAGAUUCGAGCUACAAUUGAACGAGAUGGAAUUGCGGAAACUUUAAGGACUUUUGGUGGUACAGUUCUUGCCAAUGCUUGUGGACCAUGCAUUGGCCAAUGGGAUCGACAGGACAUUAAAAAGGGUGACAAAAACACCAUUGUUACCUCCUACAAUCGUAAUUUCAUCGGUAGAAAUGAUGCAAACCCAGAGACUCAUGCUUUUGUGACUUCUCCGGAGAUUGUCACCGCCAUGUCAUUAGCUGGUACACUAGAUUUUGACCCAAGAAAGGAUACUUUGGUUGGAGCUGAUGGAAAGGAAUUCAAACUGAAGGAUCCAUUUGCUGAUGAGCUUCCAGCUCGUGGUUUUGAUCCUGGCGAGGAUACUUACCAAUCACCUCCUGCUGACGGUUCCGGAGUGACAGUAGAUGUUAGUCCUGAAUCCCAACGUUUACAGCUUCUGUCUCCGUUUGAUAAGUGGAGUGGCAAAGAUUUGGAGGAAAUGACUAUCUUGAUUAAGGUAAAAGGUAAAUGCACAACUGACCACAUCUCUGCUGCUGGUCCAUGGCUCAAAUUCCGAGGUCACUUGGAUAAUAUCUCCAACAAUAUGUUCCUGACAGCUAUAAAUGCUGAAAAUGGCGAGAUGAACCAGGUGCAAAAUAAGUCUACAGGUGAAUGGGGCCCUGUUCCAGCAACAGCACGAGCAUACAAAGCAAGUGGCAUUCAGUGGUGUGUAAUUGGAGAUGAUAACUAUGGUGAGGGAAGUUCUCGAGAGCAUGCUGCUUUGGAGCCACGGCAUCUUGGUGGGCGAGCUAUCAUUGUCAAGAGUUUUGCUCGUAUUCAUGAGACCAACCUGAAAAAGCAGGGAAUGUUGCCACUAACCUUUGCUAACCCAGCUGAUUAUGACAAGAUUGGUGCAAAUGACAAAAUUUCUUUGAUUGGAUUGGCUGAUUUUGCUCCAGGAAAGCCUUUGAAGUGUGUCAUUACACAUCCUGAUGGUUCCAAAGAAACUAUUAGUCUCAACCACAGUUUCAACGAGCAGCAAAUCUCAUGGUUCAAAGCAGGUUCGGCUUUGAACAGAAUGAAAGAAGUUGCAGCAGGACUGUAAGGCAGCGAAAGAAUUGACACAAAUUUUGUAUAUAUUUUUUCUUUAAACAAAGUUCUCAUUACUAUGGAAGUGAGUUAGUAACUUGUGUAGUGUGUUAGAUAUUGUUGUUACUUUUAAUAUUAAUAAGUAAAAUUUUUCAUUGUAAUUCCAACAUAAAUAAGGACAUUAAGAAAUAAUGCAGUAUAGAUUUGAAAAUUGUUUUAAGCAGUUUGUUAGGAUUUUAGUGUUUAGUUAAUUCCGGUGAUUUGAGGAAAGACAAACUCAUAUUUUUUUACGUAAUUUAUUUCUGAGCGUUCGGAAUUCUUGAGGAGGAGUAGUUGAUGUAAGAUAAUGUGGUUGGUUGUAAAUUAAGCAUUUUAGGAUCAUUGUACAGCAGCUCAUUUUUCAUGAAAUAGAUUAAAACAUUUGUGAUGGUCACUCUCAUGCUUCCUUCAUUGGCCUUUCAGUAAGUAGUGGUUGUCCUAUUUGUGGUUGGUAAUGCAUUUUGUACUGGGAUAGAAGUAAACAUACAUGUAAAGAAUGUGAUUUCCCCUGUAGGACUUUGUAAUGAAAGGAAUUUUGGUAAUAAAGAUAUUUUCUGAAAUAUUUGGGAGCAGUUUUUUUUUUUUUUUUUUUUUUUUUUUUUGACAAAGUCUGAUUAAAGUUUCAUCCUAGUACUACAGCAUUUAAGAGACCAAGGUUUGUUAUCUUUGAAUUCAAAAUUGUUGACCAUUUUAGUGUCCAAGUCAUAUGUACAUAGUAAAAUGUAUUUAGUAGAA